AUGCUCACGUGGGCCAGACCAGACAACCGCCGGCGGCGUUCCUCCCCGUUGGCAUGGACUGGACGGCCACGACGCCGAAACCCGCGCGUGCGAACGCCCCCCCUCCUCUUCGUAGUACGUAUUGCAACAACAGCCACAGCAAUCGUCGUUGGUCGUCGUCGCCAACCUGAUGUGCACCACAAGGGCCAACCUCGAAAGCCAGGCGAGGCAGCCAUUUCCACUCUGACGGUGGCUGACCAGCCCAGAACGCCGACGAGCAAACGCAGAUGGGGACAGGCUGCCAAGAGUCCGAAACGCUUCACACCGCCGAUUCGACGCUCGCUGCGGCGGCCAUGUGACCACCCUCUUGUCGCGGCGCACACGGGCGCGGAUACACAAGACGGACUUGAAUGGAUGCACGCACCAAAAUCCGAUGCAAAGUUGCACGCGUGCUUUGAGUGA